AUGUCCUUGAACCAAGCAGACCUAGCCAAUCUAGACGAGUCCUCUAAAAAAGAGAUCCUCCAAUUCAUCGAAUCUGAAAACUCCAAAACUAAAGUGCAAACUUCAAUCCAUCAAUUCACUGAUCUUUGCUUCAAGAAAUGUGUUGAUUCCAUCGGCAACGGUCAACUAAGUUCCAAUGAAGAAUCUUGUCUCACAAACUGUGUCAACAGAUUCCUCGACACAAACAUCAGAGUCGUUCAAGGUCUUCAAAAUGCUCAAAACCAAUAG